GUCCACCGAGCUUGGAGAUGGAGGGUUACACAUUCAAUGCUGGGUUGUUUGUGUACAAUACAGGCUGUCUAUAAUAAGUCAGUGAGUCAGCGCAGGAGAGGCCAGGAUGAUCAUAUUCUGACAGUAAAUCCUUAAAGUUUAACAGUAAUGACAUAUCCUCCCAGAUAUGCUGGAGCUUCUGGUAGGGAGCUGAGAUCAUCUUGAAAUCUAAUUCUCUGGUGUCCACACAUAGGCUACCAUGAGGUAGGGCUGCACAAUGAAUCUAUUUUAUAUUGAAAUCACAAUACGGACAUGUUCAAUAUCCGUAUCACAUGCAAUAUUUUGAAAUGCCACUCAGCCGUGUGUAAGAUCCGUUUUUCUAGUUGACUCCUGUUUUUCUCCUGCGGCUGCUUUCCACACACACCAAGGCUGCCCUGUCACUCAAGGAGUUCCUCCCCUUACAUCCACUAAGUUUGCACUCUGUUCUGUUAGGUCAAAUGCAGUCAACAGAUUGUUCCGAACAAGAACGAUGCUGUGGUCCACUUUACUUUUUAAAAUAAAUAAUGUUUUUUCUAUGAUUCUAACAGUUUACCCAAGUGAUUGGAUUUUUAUCACAAGCCAAAUUCACAAUCGCAAUCAUAAAAUAAAAAAAUCACAAUUCUAUUUUUUUGCCCAUAUCGUGCAGACCUACCAUGACAAAAAAACGCCCUUCUGAGGUCAGGCAAGGAUAUGUCUUCUCUAUUGCCUAACAUCCUGCUCGUUCAGGAGCCGCAUACCACGACCUGUGAAAAAAUGUGCCCCCACAGCAUUACUGGCAGGGGGUAGCCCGCUCACGUCCCCUCAGCCUGGGAAAGGAAACAGUGUUCUGAAAACAGACUGCAACACAAUGAGGCGGGGAAAAAAUCAAUAACUGUCUGUAUGAGUUUGUGAACAUCUGGGUUAGGAUUGAGCCCUCACCAGUCUGUAGGAUUUGUCAAGAUGUCAUGGUGAGCAAGGAACUGCCUGUAGGCAAAUAUUUGAAGUGUAAGCCUUAAUGCACAGGCCUAUGCUUACACCCGUUUGAUGAAAUAUCUGUGAAGAGCAGGAAGGCCCACUGCAUCUGUACAGUAUGUGUGUUUCCUUGGAAGGAAAUGUGAAUGUUGUGUAAAGAGCGUUAGGCCAUGUUGCAUAAAGACCAUGCUAACCAUUUGAGGAUGAACAGCUUCUCUCUCAGCUCAACACCUCUCGAGUCUGAACGUAACUCUGUUACGAACCCUGAUGCGUAACAUGGCAGCCUAUCUGGGAUGUUUAUGCUGAGAAUAAUGUUUCUUCUGCUCUUGGACAGGCCAAUGGAAAACUCACCAGAAGAAUUACUCUUGGCAGCACCCUAUAGGUGCCGGUAGUUCUAGUUUUGAGAAACGGGGCCCUGAAAUGAUAUGAACUGUUACGUAAUGGUCUGGACAGGAAUGACCCAGUUUAGUGUCAGUCUGUGGGUUCUACCUCGUAGAUGCUGUUCUGGCAGGCUAUUUGUGUGAUGAGGAGGAUGACCCAGUUUAGUGUCAGUCUGUGGGUUCUACCUCGUAGAUGCUGUUCUGGCAGGCUAUUUGUGUGAUGAGGAGGAUGACCCAGUUUAGUGUCAGUCUGUGGGUUCUACCUCGUAGAUGCUGUUCAGGCUAUUUGUGUGAUGAGGAGGAUGGUUAGUGAAGCCUCAACCCCAUUCAGUACUCAGUUCCUGAGAGGUCUCAUCGGAGGAAGAACAUGCAGGAUGACUUGUUUUUGUGACCGGAAAAUACAUUUGUCCUCCUUAAAUAGAAAGCACUGUACUGUCUCUCAGAACAUCUCAUAGGGGCAGCUAGGCCUGUUUAGUGAUUCACAUACAUUAUAUAUAGGGGGGGAUGGUUUGACUGUUAAACAGCACAGAGGUCUGUCUUGUAAAAUGUCAUGAUGGAGUUGUAAUGUAAUAACUGUAAUGGUUCUGUCAUAGCUGGCUGCACCAUAUAAUGUCAUAACCUUGCAUUAGCCACCGUGAGCUUCCAGCUGCUCUGGUACCAGAUCCUGUUCUGUGUGAUGGUGGUGAAUGAUGUCACCCUGAUGAAGGCUUUAAUGCCGAAACCAGUCGGUUUAGGAAGCACCUUAUUUACUGAACCUGAAAAGGCCUGAGAAUCACAGACUCGGUUAGUCCUUCAAUUCAUACACCUUGGUCUGUCUGUGAGGUAGGAGCCUAUUCUUUCCCCCUGCUUGUUGUGGUAGCACAGGUCUGCCUUGGUGGAGGACCUGGCAGCUCUCCUGUUUUCCACUGCCUCAGAGGAGCAUCAUCAGGCAGCCUUACUGCACGAGGAUGGAUGGUUCUAAUUAUCCACUUCUAAUUAAAGUCUCUGCUCUGGUUCUGGGGGAGGUGGGGGACAGAGAAUGGGCCGUGUGCACUGCAGCCAUGUCCUCACUAAGUGGGUCUAACACAGGCUAGGCUUCUCUAUUGUCUGGUUCGCUAAUGGUUUGCUAUUUGACAUGUUUAUUGAACAGACCAACACCCAAGAAGGGGGCUUUCAUUUUUGCAAGCCGUUGUAAAAGUGGCAGCAUAAAAGUAACAUUUCAAUUGAGAUUGUGUCUGUACCACAACACAGACGUGAAGUCCUGUGCGUGUUUUAAUUUGCACUUUAAAACUCCUUCAUCAUGUGUAUCUUUCUCAGCCCUGGGUCUUCUGCUGGCUCUCACAGAGACAAGGUCAGCCACUAGGGACUGACUCACUGGCUCAAAUUCAUGUGCGUCAUCUCAUUCCAAUUCCAGCUUUUUGCUGCAUGUCUACUCAAGGCAUGUUGGAGAGGCUUGAAGACAACACACACACACACACACACACACACACACACACACACACACACACACACACACACACACCCACCCUAUAGAUAUAGCAUGUUGUAGACCUAUGGUCAGUUCAGAGUAGUUUGUCUGUCUGGUACAGUGUCCAGCAUCGUUGUCUGAUAAUUCAAUAGAGCCACAACUGACACACCUGGUAUCCAGAGGAACCGGUGCAGCCAGACAGCAGUGUCUGUGUCCCAGAGAUCAACAGUCAGCUUUUCCCUUGGUGAAAAUGUCAGGAAUGUCUGGGGGAAUCUUGGAGAGCUCUAGGGUGUAUUCAUUACACUGAUUCUGUUGCAAAACAUUUUGUUUACUCCAAACAAAAAAAAGCGCUUUGCAACGAAAACAAGAGUUUCCAUUGGACAAAAUCCGGUAUGUCCCUCCCCGUUUCAUUCUGUUUGCUCCGUUUGGUUCUUAAACAGUAAACGUUUUCCAUUGCAGGACAUAAUGAAUACUCCCCUGCUGUGUAUCCAGCUCUAAACACACAGAGCUUCCAGGCUUUUAGGAUCAUACAUGUGUGCUUCCAGAGUUUGAUACAUUUUCCUAACGCCCCAUGGGAGUUGGAGUAUACUGUACUUGUUGUCUGUAUUGCAGACUUGGCACCUGGUAGAUGAUAUGUUGCCGUUACGUAGGUGUGGACACCUAAUCCCCACAUGCCCCUGCUGCUCCCUCUCUGAUUAAAUCUGAUGACAGUCUGUCUGAGCCCACACCAGCCUCUUACUGCCCUAGACUAGACUCCAGUAGUCUGUGUGGCAUUACUUUGCAUUCGGCUGUUAUUAAGAUGAUGCAAUUUGAUUGGUUCCCCGGUAAGCUCCUCCCCUGCCCUCAGAGCCCAUCAUCCUACUCCAGGAAGUUGUUUUUGAGACACUUCCUGUUGAUAUCUGAUUUGGUGUUCCAUUUCAUUUUGAACGUCAACAGCCCAGCCACUUUUGACUUCUGAAAACGAUGUGCAAGUGAUGAUGUCCUAGGUCAAUCUCUUGAAUGGGCUUGACGAUUAUAUCAUCAAAUUCAUGAAAACGCAGUCAUUUAAGAUACAGUGUAUAUAAAAUGAUAUUAGUGUUUGUGGAAUUUACUUCUGCCAGAUGCCUUUUAUGAAGUUAUCUUAAAGACCAUUGGGCUUCGUUUUUCGUCCAUUUGAAAACCAUAAAAAAAAGGGACUACAAAAAUUAAACUACAAUACUACUUCCUGGAAAGCGGUGCGUCACUUUCAUACCGUAUAGCCAUUGAACAAACUGUAUAAACCAGACUCUGGGGUGGAGCGUGCAGAGUCAGUAAUGAGACUCCAGUAAGUGUAGCUUCCAUUCCCUCUCAAGUCUGCUGGGCCUAUGAUGAACUGACUGACUUUUCAUGUUAUUUAACAACUCUCUCCUAUCUUCAAUUUGUGCACGUGUCACAGGGGUGGUGUUGGCAGAAGUUCUGUGCUAUGAUUCUCACUUUUAUAGGCCCUGUACAGAUGACUAAAAGUCAUGACGUCAUUGAUCUCUUACUGAGGAAAGUUUGUCACCUCACAAUUCACUGGGCUCGAUCAUCAGAGAUACUGACCGUUGGGCUAGCUGAAUGCAUAAUUCAUGUGAGGUGCCAGGCCAGCAGACCACGUAUGCGAGGACGUAUUGGGUGGUAAAUUGUGCUAAAAGCCUUGAAGUCAUCUUUGAGAGUACUCCCCUGCCCUCGUUUGAUUAAUGCUAGUCAGUGGCUGAGUGAGAUGGAAGGAGUCAGGGAUUAGUUUGUACUCCUAAUGUUAUGCCUUAGCGUCCGGGGGAGUUUACACUCUAAAACCAGCCUUUUAAAUAGUAGUGUUAUUACUAAUGUUAUGCCUUAGCGUCCAGGGGAGUUUACACUCUAAAACCAGCCUUUUAAAUAGUAGUGUUAUUACUAAUGUUAUGCCUUAGCGUCCGGGGGAGUUUACACUCUAAAACCAGCCUUUUAAAUAGUAGUGUUAUUACUAGGGAUUUGGAGGUUUCUCUCUUUCUCUAAAGAACUGAUGGGAGAUUUAGUUUGAUGUAUGAACAGAGGAUGCAGUUUGAUGGAAUUUUGAUGGUAUCUCAUUCAAUUACGCAUUGCAAGUUCAGACUGAAAGUGAGGUGAAUCGAUCGGGAAAGAGUUUGAACAGGCCUCCUUAAAAUGUUCAGCUAAGUUGUAUCCAUAGGGAAUAGAUGGAUGCUGUUCGUCAGCUAAAUGCAGUUACAUGGAAUUGCACUGGUGGAAGUGGACACCAUGGGCUAGUCUGUCAAUGCCAGUAUCACGUAGCCUAAUCGUCUGCUGAUGUGGUAUCAUCUCAGAGACGGUGAGAACUUCUGGUUUGCUUCUCUCAGACGUUUAAAAAACAAACUGCCACAUUUCAAAUGAGCCUAUUUGCUUGUUGUAGCCUAUUCUGUGAGGUGAUCCUCUUUUGUAGUUUUUGAGUCAAAGUCGCAACAACAACAACAAAUCAACCCUUCCUAAGAGAUGACAGUAUUAGGCUGUUAGCGAUGUCAUUUAGAUGUGGCGUAGUCUCUUAGUAAUGUGUUUGGGUUGGUGGAAAAGAGAAGAUACUGUAGAAUGACUGUCACAUGGCAGCUAUAUGUCUUAGUACAGGGGAUUUACAUUUCAUUUGAAUAAGUCAUGCUGCCUGAACAUAUUAAAAUGGGAGACUUGGAUCUGGGUUAUCCAUUUCCCUCUGUAUGCAGCGUCUGUAGAGUCCUGCUCACUGAGGUGAGAUGAGUUGCAUUGACCCGAGUUGAGACUGGCAUUCUUCAGAACACUAGAAAACCACAUGCUUGUCAUAGAUGACUUGAUUAUUCAAAUGGUAUCUCUGUGCAGCCUAGGUCUUUUUACUGCUGCUUCUCUGUAGGCGUGGUAUCUCUGUGCAGCCUAGGUCUUUUUACUGCUGCUUCUCUGUAGGCGUGGUAUCUCUGUGCAGCCUUGGUCUUUUUACUGCUGCUUCUCUGUAGGCGUGGUAUCUCUGUGCAGCCUAGGCCUUUUUACUGCUGCUUCUCUGUAGGCGUGGUAUCUCUGUGCAGCCUAGGCCUUUUUACUGCUGCUUCUCUGUAGGCGUGGUAUCUCUGUGCAGCCUAGGCCUUUUUACUGCUGCUUCUCUGUAGGCGUGGUAUCUCUGUGCAGCCUAGGUCUUUUUACUGCUGCUUCUCUGUAGGCGUGGUAUCUCUGUGCAGCCUAGGCCUUUUUACUGCUGCUUCUCUGUAGGCGUGGUAUCUCUGUGCAGCCUAGGCCUUUUUACUGCUGCUUCUCUGUAGGCGUGGUAUCUCUGUGCAGCCUAGGCCUUUUUACUGCUGCUUCUCUGUAGGUGUGGUAUCUCUGUGCAGCCUAGGCCUUUUUACUGCUGCUUCUCUGUAGGUGUGGUAUCUCUGUGCAGCCUAGGUCUUUUUACUGCUGCUUCUCUGUAGGCGUGGUAUCUCUGUGCAGCCUAGGCCUUUUUACUGCUGCUUCUCUGUAGGCGUGGUAUCUCUGUGCAGCCUAGGCCUUUUUACUGCUGCUUCUCUGUAGGCGUGGUAUCUCUGUGCAGCCUAGGCCUUUUUACUGCUGCUUCUCUGUAGGCGUGGUAUCUCUGUGCAGCCUAGGCCUUUUUACUGCUGCUUCUCUGUAGGCGUGGUAUCUCUGUGCACCCUAGGUCUUUUUACUGCUGCUUCUCUGUAGGCGUGGUAUCUCUGUGCAGCCUAGGUCUUUUUACUGCUGCUUCUCUGUAGGCGUGGUAUCGUACUUUGGCUGCAGUCCCACAGCUCUUUGUUUGACAAAAGUUUAAGGACGGUGUUAUGAGAGAAAUGAAGUGUCUAUUUCAUCAUACAGUACCGCUGAACUUUAGAAUUUCACAAAUGAUAAAGAGCAGUACACGAAGAAAGAAUCAUUAGUUUAAUUCGUUGUCAUACAUGAAUGUGAGGUUUUCUGGGUAAAGUAGUGGUAUGCUUUAGUAGCCAUGCAUACGGAGUUCAGAGCAGUUCCAGUAUGAACGGGGAAGCUGCAGCAACGUGUAUGUAAUAAGGAGGGAUGAUCUCUCAUGGUCUGUCAUCUCUCUAGUUGUCCACCAGUAGCAGGCUAAACAUUAGGAGUUUAGUUACAUACUAGGUCUAAGCUUGUUGACAGGUGUGCAUUUCUGUAGACAGUGGAGACAUCUCUUGAAUGAAUCAUUUAAACCAGAAUGCUCAAGCUAUAUCCAGAUGUGUGUAGUCAAGAGGUGAGUUUGCACUACAUUACCACUUUGAUGACCAUUUCUGCUUCUCUAGUCUGAUAGUGCAGUCUGCUUGACUCUCUUGGUGUGCAUGUCAGCUGCAGAGGAGUAGGUCACAACAUCCUCUGUGUUUAGCUCAUCUCUCUGCUCUCUCUGACACACACACACACACACACACACACACACACACACACACACACACACACACACACCCUAACACACACAGGCCUCCUUUCACUCACUUCUGGUAAAUGCACCAUAUUUUAGGAAGUGACUCCAAAUAGAAUCGACUCACUGUAGCCCUACACUGUACUUUAGUGACUUUUGGCAGGAAGUUAAAUACAGUGUGCAGCUGCUCUCUCCUCCAUUUGCCAGUUCAACCCAUCGAAAGCACAGGUCGCCAAGUCAUUCUCACCAGCCAUUUUAUUUUCAGAUACAAUUUUAGAGCAGUAUAUUGCCUACUUUAAAGGAGGACCACACAGAAUGAUGAUAAGCCUAUUCCACCAUGGUACUUUGUGUCAGAAGAGCUGGCUUCAUGAAGAUUUCUAUUCAACCUAAUGGGGGAUGUCAUUUCACAAGGCAAGAGGGGCAGUGAUAUCAUGUAUGCCAUGAACAAGGCACAAUAUUCAUUCAGUUGAACAAAUGGAGAAAGUUCCCCUCAACAUGCAGUUUGCCAUUUUACAAUUUCCCCAAACUCAAUAGAGUUUCAGUGGCCUUUCCCUCCUCCACUGCAUCCAGGUUGUGUGUGAAAUAGAAAAGGAAACUGUUAGUCUGUAUCCAGAUGUUCCCGUUCUGACCCGUUCUGUACCUUACCGGGGAAUACGGCAUCACCGCAACUACACACAAGGGUUGAUAUGAAACAACAACUUCUUAAUAUAUACAUUCUUUGUUGAUGCACAAAACAAUUUAGACAACAGGGAUCUUGAUCCAGAAGGGGAUUGAAUUUCUCUGCUGUAACCAAGAAGCUUGUUCUUGACUUGUAGCCAGUUAACAAACCAAACGGAGCUAGAGGCCUGAGCUGGAUAUCAUUUAUUUGACACAUCUUGGGUAUCUUUAUAGUUCUAAGUAGUGGCGUAGCAUACAUUACGCGAGGCGGGAUGCCCCCCAUUUUGUUUCCCUAAAUACCCCGCUAUAUGGUAUAUCACCUAAGCCUACUCUCUAUGUUGAACAGUCCCUUAGCUCUCUCUAUGUUGAACAGUCCCUUAGCUCUCUCUAUGUUGAACAGUCCCUUAGCUCUCUCUAUGUUGAACAGUCCCUUAGCUCUCUCUAUGUUGAACAGUCCCUUAGCUCUCUCUAUGUUGAACAGUCCCUUAGCUCUCUCUAUGUUGAACAGUCCCUUGGCUCUCUCUAUGUUGAACAGUCCCUUGGCUCUCUCUAUGUUGAACAGUCCCUUGGCUCUCUCUAUGUUGAACAGUCCCUUAGCUCUCUCUAUGUUGAACAGUCCCUUGGCUCUCUCUAUGUUGAACAGUCCCUUAGCUCUCUCUAUGUUGAACAGUCCCUUGGCUCUCUCUAUGUUGAACAGUCCCUUGGCUCUCUCUAUGUUGAACAGUCCCUUGGCUCUCUCUAUGUUGAACAGUCCCUUAGCUCUCUCUAUGUUGAACAGUCCCUUGGCUCUCUCUAUGUUGAACAGUCCCUUGGCUCUCUCUAUGUUGAACAGUCCCUUGGCUCUCUCUAUGUUGAACAGUCCCUUGGCUCUCUCUAUGUUGAACAGUCCCUUGGCUCUCUCUAUGUUGAACAGUCCCUUAGCUCUCUCUAUGUUGAACAGUCCCUUAGCUCUCUCUAUGUUGAACAGUCCCUUGGCUCUCUCUAUGUUGAACAGUCCCUUGGCUCUCUCUAUGUUGAACAGUCCCUUGGCUCUCUCUAUGUUGAACAGUCCCUUGGCUCUCUCUAUGUUGAACAGUCCCUUGGCUCUCUCUAUGUUGAACAGUCCCUUGGCUCUCUCUAUGUUGAACAGUCCCUUGGCUCUGUCUAUGUUGAACAGUCCCUUGGCUCUCUCUAUGUUGAACAGUCCCUUGGCUCUCUCUAUGUUGAACAGUCCCUUGGCUCUCUCUAUGUUGAACAGUCCCUUGGCUCUCUCUAUGUUGAACAGUCCCUUGGCUCUCUCUAUGUUGAACAGUCCCUUAGCUCUCUCUAUGUUGAACAGUCCCUUGGCUCUCUCUAUGUUGAACAGUCCCUUAGCUCUCUCUAUGUUGUACAGUCCCUUAGCUCUCUCUAUGUUGAACAGUCCCUUGGCUCUCUCUAUGUUGAACAGUCCCUUGGCUCUCUACCAGUAUGUGGAUCUAGGGAAUGUUUUGGCCUUUCCCAUGGGCUAGGCCUAUUGACCUGCCUAAUCAUAUGAUUCAAUACUUUGGGUUGCUUCCAAUCUGCCACCAUGACCACUAGCCCCCAGGGAAUGGUUGUGGAAGUGGUGUCCUGAAAAGGCAAGGACUGCUACAGAUUAUUCUGCCUGGUAAACCCCUGGGCCUGGCCAUGAGAGAAUUGCACAGGUCUACACUAACAUCACAGUACAUGAUAAUGAUCCUGCUUCCUUCUGUCGCUGCUCCUCUGGUUAGAGGAUCUCCCAGACAUACGGAGGGAGAGGGCAGAGAGGGGUAGGAGGUUAGAGGAUCUCCCAGACAUACGGAGGGAGAGGGCAGAGAGGGGUAGGAGGUUAGAGGAUCUCCCAGACAUACGGAGGGAGAGGGCAGAGAGGGGUAGGAGGUUAGAGGAUCUCCCAGACAUACGGAGGGAGAGGGCAGAGAGGGGUAGGAGGUUAGAGGAUCUCCCAGACAUACGGAGGGAGAGGGCAGAGAGGGGUAGGAGGUUAGAGGAUCUCCCAGACAUACGGAGGGAGAGGGCAGAGAGGGGUAGGAGGUUAGAGGAUCUCCCAGACAUACGGAGGGAGAGGGCAGAGAGGGGUAGGAGGUUAGAGGAUCUCCCAGACAUACGGAGGGAGAGGGCAGAGAGGGGUAGGAGGUUAGAGGAUCUCCCAGACAUACGGAGGGAGAGGGCAGAGAGGGGUAGGAGGUUAGAGGAUCUCCCAGACAUACGGAGGGAGAGGGCAGAGAGGGGUAGGAGGUGGAAGGCUAGGGGUGGAGAGGCUGCUUAAAAUAGCUGACGGGAAGGCGACCAGCGCCGUUGGACUUCUAUAGAUGGUGAAGCGCGCUGGCAGCCGGAGCAAAAUAUGGGCCGGGUGAAAUGCAAGAGAGAGCGUGCUCACUGGUUCAAGGUCAACCAGCUCCAACGGCAGCUGUUUUGCAAUGCGUUUGCAGUCUGGAUGAGUGUGUGUGUGCCUGUGUCCACAUAGUGGGUGGAAAUAUUGUUGUUGAGUCUAUUUGAAUGUGAGUCUGUGGUUUCUUCACCCCUCAGACUUCCACGUUUGGGCCUUUGUCUGGGCCCUCAGACGUGAUUCACUCAACUUGUUAUUUUGUUUUCCCCUUUUAAAACCCUGUAGCCAUUUUGGUCUGGCACUUUUAAUUAGUUUAACAUUUCUCCUCUCUGGGCUUGGUGAUUGGGGAACCACCGGCUCUCCUCAGCCCUUCUCUCUAGACUGAGGCCUGCUUGUUUCUCUGACUGAACCUCCUAAUUAGAGUCUUCAGAUUGAAGCCCAAAUGCCAGCGAGCCACGAGAAGGUUCCCUUAAUUACGCCCCAGCACCCUCAACCUCUAUCUGUCUCUCUGUCUCUCUGUCUCUCUGUCUCUC